CUUUUAAAUUUAUGUUUGUAAUAAUGUUGGUUAUUUUUCCGUUUACGAAUAUAUUGUCGAUGUACAAUUCGACUCAUCUAUGCAGUCAUAAUAGCUAUAUAUAUAUAAAUAGCUAUACUAUCGACAAAUUUACGAUUUCGAAAAUUCGUUCUUAAUUCUUCAAAUUUUGUGACGUGAAAACAUUCUGAUGUCACAUUUUAUCAUGGGUGUUCGAAGUAUUUUCACUAUGUUAUUGCCUUCCAGCAAACUGUACACAAAUCUCGUAACAUAGCCUCACUUUCCUACCUUACCAGUCCAAUGUCCAUCUAUUACACUCAGCCUCGAGCUUUAAAGGAUGUCUGUUAAACUAAAUUUAUUUAUGAAUAACCAGAAGAACUAAAAGAUCUUAUACCGCGGAUGUAUAAUAAUAUUAAAUUUUAAAUUAAGCAGUCUUGAAGUUUUUGAACGCUACUCAAUUAUUUUUAUAAUCGCCAAUGGCUCGUCCGUGGGCUUCAGACCUCCUAGGUGUCUUGCGAGGAGCUCAAACCGUGGCAAAUGCACUGCUCAAACAUCAGGAAGACUCCAUAAAACGAAUCUUGGACAAUUCGAGUAUAAAAGUUCUUGCAGAAGCAAACAUUAAGAAGGCAGGAAAAAAAUUAAGUGAAAUAGAUCCAAGUAAGGUUCCCGAAAAAUUUGUAGCCGAGACGAAAGAGUUGGUGGAACGUCUUUGCGUGGUUGAAAAAGGAAUUUCUCAAUAUACUAAAUUUCGUCUCAGCCACUCUGUUGGAUUUCCAGAAUACAAAAACUCAGAGAGUCAAUCAACCGACGUUAAACUUGAAAUUUUUGAUCCAGCUAAAGAUCCACGAGAAAUAAAAGCUUCACAAAGUUCUGAAGCAGCUAAAAUAUCAGAAAAACCAGAAUCAUUUCGUUCUUCUGGUAGUUCCGAGCCUCAAGAAAUUCCUCCUCAGAAAAAAUACACCAGCGUGAAAGAAAAAAUCGAAACUAUUAGAAUUGAUAAGAAUAUUCCAAAAAUUGAGCUCUCCGAAAAGGACAAAAGAGUUUUGAGAGACUUGGAGCUUGAGCAUGAGAAAAAAAUCAGUCGCGAAGCUUCGAGAAAUUCUCUGGAUUCUUCAACGGAUCAACAAUCUUCUGAAGCCAAAGAAAAAACACCGAAAGUUUUGAAAAAUAUUACAACUGAAAAAGUUUUGUCUAAACCCACCGCUCGACCUCGCCAAACACUUUCAUCGAACUCAAAAGAGCGUAAAGUUCCACACACAAGACUUCAAAGAAUGGUAAGUUUUGGAACAUUGGGAGUUGGUCUUGGAAUUGGAACUCUAGCGGAAUACAGUCGUCGUACUUUGGGUUUAAAAACCGACAGCGUUGGCGAGACACUAGAUACGGUUUUCCUCACAAAAGCAAAUGCUGAAAGGAUCGUCGAGACUUUGUGCAAAGUUCGAGGAGCAGCUUUGAAAAUUGGUCAAAUUCUCAGUAUUCAGGACAACAGUGUUAUCAGCCCAGAAUUACAAAAAGCUUUCGAACGUGUUCGUCAAAGUGCUGAUUUCAUGCCAACUUGGCAAGUGGAGAAAGUAUUAAACAAAGAAUUGGGGGACGAUUGGAGAAACAAAGUUGCGAGUUUUGAAGAAAAACCUUUUGCAGCUGCCUCAAUUGGACAAGUUCACUAUGCGACUCUGAAAAAUGGCCAAGGCGUUGCUAUAAAAAUUCAAUACCCUGGAGUCGCUGAAGGGAUACAGAGUGAUAUCGACAAUCUUGUGGGUGUCAUGAAGGUAUGGAACAUGUUUCCAAAAGGUAUGUUCAUCGACAAUCUUGUUGAAGUCGCUAAACGUGAAUUAGCUUGGGAAGUCGAUUACACGAGAGAGGCCGAGUGUACUAAGAAAUAUCGAGAGUUCGUUGCGCCUUAUCCUGAAUAUUUCGUGCCUGCAGUUAUCGAUGAACUGUGUUCGAAGCAAGUAUUUACAACGGAAUUGGUGGAAGGAGUUCCAGUCGAUAAGUGUGUGGAAAUGGAUAUGGAAACACGGGAGCAUAUAUGCAAAUUAAUAAUGAAUCUUUGCCUGAAAGAAUUGUUCGUUUUCCGAUACAUGCAGACCGACCCAAACUGGGCCAAUUUUUUUUAUAAUCCAGAAACUCGACAAUUGACGCUUCUUGAUUUUGGCGCAUGUCGCACUUAUGAAAAAGAAUUUAUGGACAACUAUAUCGAGAUUAUAAACGCAGCAAGUAAAAGCGAUCGAGAUACCGUUUUAAAGCUUUCAAAGGAAAUGAAAUUUCUCACUGGAUAUGAAUCGAAGAUUAUGGAAGAGGCUCACGUAGAUACAGUUAUGAUCCUUGGUCAAGUGUUCAACGAGAAAAAUAAAAUUUACGACUUUGGUGGUCAAAAUGUCACGCGGAGCAUCCAAGCGCUCGUUCCGACCAUUCUGCACCACCGACUGUGUCCACCGCCCGAAGAAAUUUACAGCCUCCAUCGUAAAUUGUCUGGAGUAUUUCUGCUCUGUGCUAAGCUCAAAGUUAAGAUCAACUGUCGCGAUAUGUUUCGCAAUAUUUAUGAAAAUUAUCGUUUCGGCUGAAAAAGGAAAAGCUGCAGUGUUGUAAAAAUCUAAUAAAGUAAUAAUUCUAAUGA